AGUCGAUCGUAUUCAAUCGAAUGAGCCUGCGUGAAAUCUGUAGUAGUAACCAUUCGAAGAGUUGUCGUUGAGCAGAAAGCGCACCUGGAUGCACUUUUACAGCUCCGUUUGUUCUACAUUUAAAUUACUCGGGAUAUCCAUUCUACCAAACAAAUACGGCGACGAAUCGAGUUUCGAACGUCAAUCAAAUUAGAAAGGCGCCGGUCAGACGGAGAUGUCAGAACGAUUUGGCAUGUUCACAAGGAAGGUCGUCUAAAGUUGAGAAUGUUCGAAGUUUUAAGGAGAUGUGUGUUUUUUACUAAUAAUAAUCGGACUAUGCUUUUUAUUUAUAUUUUCCUCUCGGCGAUUAUUCGUCUAACUGCUUCAAUUACGUCGAUUGAUUUAAUCGAAGAGCUCGAAGUAGGGAAGAUAGCUUUUUAUCUAGAUGAAAUUUUUGGAUCGGACGCUGAAUCGUUCAAUAUGAUUGUCAUAAAACCUCCCGGAGGUGAAAAAUACUUAGAGGUGAUCGAUUCCCAAAGAGGGACUGUUCAAAUUCGUUCGAAAAUUGACAGGGAAUCAUUGGCAAAACUGGGCAUCCGAGAAUUCGAUAUACUCGUCAAUGACCAGUUCGAAUUACGCGUCAAUAUUAAAGACAAAAAUGACAACGCUCCACAAUGGAUACGUACUCCGCUCAACAUCACUUUUCCAGAAAAAGUACCUAUAGAUUCUCGAACAAGUCUAGGCUAUGCCUUUGACGACGAUACGUUGGAAUAUUCAACUAAAAACUAUGAAAUCGUCUCGGGAAACAUCCACGAUACUUUCAGAUUACAGGUUCAUAAGAAAGUUUCCUUUUUAUACGUCGAUCUAAUCGUAAAUCGUGUUAUCGAUUAUGAAACUGUGCCACACUUUAAAUUGGUUAUAAACGCCUAUGAUGGUGGCUCUCCCCGUCUUAGUGACAGUCUAGUGGUGAACAUAGAUAUCAUCGACUCGAAUGAUAGUCCACCAAUAUUUAAUCUCAGCAGAUUUUCAGCAGAAAUACCUGAAAAUAGUAAUGUGGGAACUCAAGUCCGUUCCGUAACAGCCACGGAUUUAGAUACCAAUGACGUUUUGUCUUAUACAAUCACAAACUAUAAAGAUAAGUUUCAAAUUGAUGAGAAAUCAGGAAUGCUUACCGUUGCGGGCAAGCUUGAUUACGAAAGAGAAACAAAGUACGAUGUAAUUGUUGUUUGCAGCGACAAAGCUGGUUUGGACGCCACGGCUGUUGUUUCCGUUAGUGUUACUAAUGUUAAUGAUAAUUAUCCAACAAUAGACGUAAAAUAUUUAGCGGAAGAUGGCUCUAAUCGAAUAGUAGAAACAGCUGAAAAAGGUGAUUAUGUUGCUAGACUUUCUGUAAGCGAUGCCGACGAACCUGACAAGGCUGUAAAUGUGACAAUCAAAGGAGAUUCGGAAUACAUUGGCUUGGAUAAUUCGGAUAAAAUCAUCUAUCUGAAGUUAUUAUCCGUGCCGGAUCGAGAAAAGCUUUCGGAGAUAAGCGUAACGAUAACGGCCACUGAUAGUGGAACACCAACGUUAAGAACUAAGAAAACAAUUAUUCUUCACAUUACUGAUAGUAAUGAUAACACACCUAAGUUCGAUAAAGACAUUUAUUCAAUUGUUAUCAGUGAAUCUCUCCCACCCGGUUCGUCGGUACUUCAUCUUCACGCGACGGAUCUCGAUGAGGGUGAUAACGCACUUCUCAGAUACUCUUGGGUGUCCACUCAAAGUCUCUUCAAUUUAGACGCCGAAUCCGGUCUAAUAACAACAAGCGGUUGGUUAGACUGUGAGAAAAGAGACGAAGAAGAAUUGGAAGUUCGUGUUACCGAUUCAGGAUUAAGUCCUCUGUCUUCAAAGGCCAAAAUACAUUUAAAAAUCGAAGAUGUCGAUGAUAACAUUCCAAUUUUUGAUCUCAGUUUUUAUAAUGCAACGAUAGAGGAAGACGCAAAAGAGGGACAUUGCUUUUUGCAGGUGAGUUCAUAA